GGCCCGCGCGCUCGGGGCCAUGCGUCGGGUGCUGCCGCCGCUCCGCCGCUGGCUCGGGGGGCGGCCGGCCGGGCCCACAGGACUCCGUGGGCUCUGCAGCGCCGCCGCCGGCCUCGCCGCGCCGCCCCCCGGGGAGAGCGGAGGCGGCACCAAGCCCAACAUACCUAACUUUGGCUUCCUCUUUGACAUUGACGGGGUACUGGUACGAGGAAAGACUCCAAUUCCUGCUGCAAAAAAAGCCUUUCAAAAGCUAGUUAAUUCUCAGGGACAAUUCUUGGUGCCUGUAGUAUUUGUCACCAAUGCAGGAAACUGUCUUCGCCAGAAGAAAGCUGAUCAGUUGUCUCAUAUUUUGGGAGUGCCGAUUUCACAAGACCAAGUUGUGAUGUCUCAUAGUCCUUUACGGAUGUUCAAACGUUACCAUGACAAAUGCGUUCUGGUGUCGGGGCAAGGACCACUUCUUGAUAUUGCCAAAUAUCUGGGUUUUUGUCAACCUAUUACUAUUGAUAUACUGCGUGAGACAUACCCUUUACUGGAUAUGGUUGACCAUGACAGACGGCCUAAAGUUUUGCAUUUGUCAGCUGUGGAACUUCCCAAAAUUGAGGCUGUUGUUUUGUUUGGCGAACCAGUCAGAUGGGAGACUAAUCUUCAACUCAUAAUAGAUGUUCUGCUGACGGGUGGCUGUCCUGGAAAGCCACAUCAUCAAGCCAGUUACCCACAUAUACCCGUGCUUGCUUGUAAUAUGGAUCUGAUGUGGAUGGCUGAAGCACAGUCUCCAAGAUUUGGGCAUGGAACAUUCAUGGUUUGUUUGGAAAAUAUUUACAAGAAGAUCACUGGCAAAGAACUGAAAUAUGAGGCCUUGAUGGGCAAACCCAGUGAACUGACCUAUCACUAUGCAGAGUACCUGAUUAGGAUGCAGGCAGCACAAAGACACUGGAAGAAGCCUAUUCAAACUCUUUAUGCCAUUGGGGACAACCUAAUGACUGAUAUCUAUGGUGCUAACCUUUAUAAUCGCUACCUUGAAGAGAAGAAUUCCAGAAAAGGUUCCAAAGGGCGUAUCCAGGCCAAAGUUGCUGCUGGGACCAGGUCUGCCACUAUUUCUCAGGAUGAUGAAAUAGACCACACUUGGCAAAAUGAACUAGCACCUGCUACUGCCACCAAUUGUAGGUCUGUUCUUGUUUGUACUGGGGUUUACAAUCCUCACACAGAGGUGCCCUCUGACACCAGAGAGAGUAUAACUGAGACUGUGUUCCAUGGUCACAGAGAUUUUAGAUUUGAUCCUGCUUUGGUAGAGCCAGACCAUAUUGUACCAGAUGUUGAUGCUGCUGUAGAUCUGAUCUACCAACUGGAGAAUUUUGCACCUAAUCAAGAUACUAGAACUUUUUAAGGAUUACCUAGUGUUCUUCAUCCAAAAGCACAUCAGGGUUUACAGCACAGUACAAAACGUUGCUUUCUAACACGUUUAACCCUUUAACCUCAAUAUUUUAAAAUGCUUUCCUGAACUGGCCUCUCCUACGUAGCACACCAGAACUGGCCUUGUUUGUCAUAAUUACCUCCUGACAGUAAUAUUAUGAGGAAAGUAGAAUUUCCAUGUAUUUUAAAAUUUAUUAAUCAUGUGUCUGACAUUUCUUCUGUCAAUUGUAUUUAACUGCAAACAAUGCAGUUGGUACCAGAGAGGUGCAACGGUGCAAACAAUGCAUAGUUUUUUACUUGAAACUUCAAACCAGUGUCGUUUCUAACCUGCCUUAGGUUUAAUAUGCAGCUGAGUUUGUCAUGUGUCUAAGUAUCAUAUGUUUGUUUUAACAGGUCACUAGUCCCAUGGCUGUUUUGUUUUAAACAGAGAUUUAAUUUAUUUUGUCUGUUACCAUUUUUAUAAAACACUUCAACUGUUUUAACACCGA